GUUCUCUACCUGAUCUUCACAAUCGUGCUCCUCUUCUGGGCCUGUUUCCUUCCCUUCUGGAUCUGGCAGCUCCUGGGUCAGUUCCACCCGUCCCUAUCUCUCUCCCCUAAAGCCAAGCGCAACAUCAACUACCUGACCACGUGUCUGACGUACUCCAACAGCUGCAUCAACCCCUUCCUGUACACGCUGCUCACCAAGAACUACAAGGAGUAUCUGAGGAAGCACAAGCGCUCGUGGUCCGCCGGCAGCUACUUCAGCCGCAAGAGUCGAUUCCAGCGUUCGCCGCGCAGGUCGCCGUCUUCCAGCAGCCAGCAGUGCACCGAGAGCUUCAGGCUCACACACACUGCCUCGCUGAGGACACACAACAGCAGCUUGUAAAGGUAGGAGGAAGCUUUUCUGGCUGUGUUCGUUAGCUAAAAUCUAACUAAUCUAAAUACCAGAUCGAAUGCACCCUGAAGGCUCUUUGAGCAUCGCUCACUGAUCCUGCUGUUAUGUUCAAUGUUUGUUGUUUGUUUUUCAUGUAUUGAUAUUUGUCUGUUGAUGUUACACAUGGAGCUGCCGUGAGUGUUCGUCCACCAAUCAGUAGUUCCCUUCCAACUUCCUUGUUAGCUUACGCGAUAUGAAGCUUGACAUGUCUGACUCAGACUAAAUCAGCACAAAAUGAUAUCCUGUGCUGAUGCAUUGAUUACAUUGUGUUGAACAUGUUUCAAUAAAGCUAAUCAGA